AGAUUUGAAAAUGGCUGAUGUCACACAGAAAUCUUCUCGUAGAGUAGAAGCUGACGUCGAUGAUGAACCGACGCCCUCAACGAGCGACAUCAUUACAGCGACAGACGUCACGCCAUCAACACAUUCAGAAAACAAAGUCGCUGUAAACCAGGGUGCUGGUGAGAUUUUAGAAACAUCCGAACGAGAAACUUCAGCAAGAGCUGUCUUUCGGGACGCCAAAAAUCAAGAAGACCGAGGCUUCGAUAAAAGAGGGGAUAAACAAGAAGAAGAUGUUUCUUCCUCUGGAAGAGCCAAUGAGGCUGUAGACGUCUCGCAGUGUAAAGAUCCAACAACCAGGAAUCGAGAGGAUUCCUCGUCCAUUUCCAGAGCAGCCAAUGAAAACAAUGAAGAUAUUAACGCUGCUUUGGGAUCCAGUCACAACAUACAAUUCACCGUCGAAGCAACACGUGUUGAAGACAGAGACGGUGUGGAUCAAACGGCGCACGUCGUCACCACGUCUCAUCCUGCUGCUGCUGACGUCGUAGCGACAACGAGUCACAACGUAAGAGAUUUCCCCAAAAUUCUGACAACAGACGGCGUUGAUUCUAUUAUAAGCACUGAGUCGUUUCCAGAACGAAGCGAUGGUGUCCCUGGCGCAGUAAUGGAGUUAAACGCUGCCGACGCUUCUGUUGAGAAGGAAAUACCAGAUGAGACGGUAGCUGGUGUAACAGGUGAUGAUUUUGAAGGGCGGCAAGCUAAUGUAGGGCAGCAGGCGUUUAGCCAAGAGGAAAAAAUGGGUCAAACACAAUGCGGUGCAAGCGAUGAGCCGAGCUCGAAGGCGAGGAGUGAAAUUGACGACGUUUGUGAUGAGAGUUUCGAGGAGAUUGGAGAGAUUGGAUCAGCGGUUGAUUGGACAACAGGGCAUGACUUGAACGAGACAGCGGAAUUAGUUAAAGGGACGGAGCAAGCGGUGAAAAAAGUGGAUGAAAGAAGCCUUAACGAAGAGGAGGAGCAAGCGUGGUCUAGUGAGGUGGAGACCGCCUUAAGUGAAGCGAUGGAGCAGGUUUUGAAUGAGGGGAAGGAAGAAACAUUGUGUGAACCAGUAGAACAACAGUUGAGUGAACCAAUAGAACAACGGUUGAGUGAAUCAAUAGAACAACAGUUGAGUGAACCAAUAGAACAACGGUUGAGUGAACAAAUAGAACAACAGUUGAGUGAACCAAUAGAACAACGGUUGAGUGAACCAAUAGAACAACAGUUGAGUGAACCAAUAGAACAACAGUUGAGUGAACCAAUAGAACAACAGUUGAGUGAACCAAUAGAACAACAGUUGAGUGAACCAAUAGAACAACAGUUGAGUGAACCAACAGAACAACAGUUGAGUGAACCAAUAGAACAACGGUUAAGUGAACCAAUAGAACAAAUGCUGAAUGAACCACUAGAGAAGAAUUUGAGUCAAUCAAUAGAACAAACUUUGAGUGAAACGAUAGAACAAACUGAGAGUGAACCAAUACAAAAAACCUUGAGUGAAACAAUAGAACAAACUUUGAGUGAACCAAUAGAACAAACGUUGAGUGAACCCAUAGACGAAAGUUUUAUUGAACUAAAUGAACAAUCCUUAAAUGAAUGUCGCGAAGAAGAAGAGAAUGAGUCCAAGGAGCAAGCCUUAAAUAAGGCAAUGGAACAAGUGUUACUUGAGGCAAAGGAACAAUCAUUGAAUGAGGCAAAGGAACAAUCAUCGAAUGAGGCAAAGAAACAAUCAUUGAAUGAGGCAAAGGAACAAUCAUUGAAUGAGGCAAAGGAACAAUCAUUGAAUGAGGCAAAGGAACAAUCAUUGAAUGAGGUAAAGGAACAAUCAUUGAAUGAGGCAAAGGAACAAUCAUUGAAUGAAGCAAGGGAACAAGCAUUGAAUGCGACAAAGGAAUUAUCUUUUGGAGCAAAUCAACCAGGGCUUAGCUCACCAGAAAAGAAAGCAGGGCACAAAUUUAUUACAAGCGAAUCUAAAGAUGAGCGUCUGGAAGAGUCAACAAAUAAUCCAUCUGGCCAGACGGAUCAAGAAACAGGACAACCAUUGAAGGAAAUCGGCAAAGGUUCCGAAGUUGCCGAAGUAAAAACGAAAGCUGCCCCCGGCAUUCAGGACACAGAGAUUCCGAUGUCUGAGCCUCAUGGGACGGAAGACGGUGUCGCAUCAGAGCGUGAGAUUCCACAGCUGCACCGGAUAGAAGAAAGUGUCACACCCGAGGGCCGGGAUGGGUUGGCACGACUUCACCGCGUUGCUGAAGAGAUGGUGACAGCGCUGGUCAGUGAGGCGUGCAGCUCCGUUGACAGAAAGGUUUCCGAAACUGUGGUGGACGCAUCAGUGCAAAAUGAAGCGCCGGCAAGACUUGAAUGUUUGGAACACGUAGAAGCUAAAAUGAAGUCAACGCCCGCUUCUGGUGGAACAGAUCAUGGGAGUGAUGAGCCUUCAAAUGUUGGAGAAGCUGAUACGGUGAAUGAGGUGACGUCAUCGAAUUCAACGAUGGGACCUGAAGAAAUAGAUUCGAUGGCCUCUUAUAGGAACAAUGAACCUUCUGAAAAUCGUGCACUUUCGCCAGAUACAGAGGCAGACGAAAUGGAAAAAAUAAAUUUCUAUAACAGUAAAACCAAGGAUGCAGAAGAUCCAAAUGUGAAAGAAAUCUUUCACAGAGAAGCCGGUGAUACGCCGAUGGCAGCUACUAAUCAAAGGGAAGGAGAUGAUGUGCCCACCGCAGAAAGUGGCGAGGGAGAAGGAGCUAUCGACAACCCGUCAAAUGUCAUCGGAAGUCAGUGUAUCACUACGUCCACAACACCAGUUCCAGACGACGAGAAGCAGUUGCGCACUGAGCCCGUCAGCGUUCCAGAAACUCAGAAAAAUUUCGACGCUACGGAAUUCAACGCCGACGCACCACCGGAGAAACUCCGUCCCUCAAAAGACGGUCGGGGC